AUGGACAAAACAGCGCUUUCCAGUAAUUGGAAGAAGCUGCAGGCGACCCUCAAGAAAGACACUGCCAAGCGCAAGUCCUCCGAUCGCGACUCCGGAGAUGCUACGAAGAAACGCAAGUUGAGCGAGAAGCAAAAGCCAUAUACCCACGCCAAACCAACUCUCAAGCGCAAGAGAAUGUCCGACAAGACCGAGGCCGGCGAUGAAGCGCCCAAAGUUGAGUCACGCUACAAGGAGAACGAAGGUCGUUCACCGACCGCCGAGAUAGGACGCUACAUCGCGAUGGAUUGUGAAAUGGUUGGCGUCGGACCAAACCCAGACAACGACUCAGCCCUUGCCCGUGUCAGUGUGGUAAACUUCAACGGCGACCAAGUAUACGACUCGUACGUGCGGCCGAAGGAAAUGGUCACAGACUGGCGCACGCAUGUGAGCGGCAUUGCUCCGAAACACAUGGUUGAGGCACGGAGCCUGGAGGAAGUCCAGAAGGACAUUGCAGAGAUCAUGAAGGACCGGGUCCUGGUCGGUCAUGCUGUCAGUAAUGAUCUCGACGCUCUUCUGCUCGGCCAUCCCAAGCGCGAUAUCCGGGAUACGAGCAAGCACCCGCCAUAUCGGAGGAUUGCGGGCGGUGGCUCGCCGCGGCUGAAGGUGUUAGCUGAGGAGUUCUUGGGGAUCAAGAUUCAGGAGGGGGCGCAUUCUAGUGUGGAGGAUGCGAGGGCUACGAUGGCUCUGUUUCGUCGGGAGAAGGACGCGUUUGAGAGGGAACAUUUGAAGAAAUGGCCGGCGAGGAUGAUGGCUGAUACUAGGGAGAAGGGGGAGGGGCAGAAAAAGAAGAAGAAGAAGAAGACGACUCGCAAGCGUUGA